AUGUCCAUCUCUAAAUAUUUCACACCAGUAGAGGACGCUUCCCUUACAUUUGACGGUGCGACUGUCAAAGUGGGUUCACCUCUACUACAAAAGAAACAAAACGUGGAUCCAGAAAACCAAAGCGUAGCUGCCGAUCCGAAGACUGCACAACAACAAGUCAAUGAUUUGACUUUUAAAGUAGACGAAGGUGAAGUUGUCUUAGUUUUAGGUAAUCCAACAUCUGACCUUUUCCAAGCGCUUUUCCAUGGUCAUAAAAAUUUGUCAUAUACACCAGAAGGUUCAGUUAGAUUCAAAGAUAACGAAUAUAAGGCAUUUUCUUCAAAAUGUCCACAUGAAAUUAUUUAUAAUAAUGAACAAGAUAUUCAUUUCCCUUUUUUAACUGUUGAACAAACUGUCGAUUUUGCAUUAAGGUGUAAAUUUAAUAUUCCCACUGAAGAACGUGUUGCGAUGAGAAAUGAAUUAUUAAAGGAAUUUGGUUUAUCUCAUGUAUUAAAGACUUUUGUUGGUAAUGAUUAUGUCCGUGGUGUCUCUGGUGGUGAACGUAAACGUAUUUCUAUUAUUGAGACUUUUAUUGCUAAUGGUUCCGUUUAUCUAUGGGAUAACUCUACAAAGGGUUUAGAUUCUUCUACUGCCUUAGAGUUUCUGGCUAUAUUAAAUAGAAUGGCAAGAGCUACUCGUUCCAUCAAUUUUGUGAAAAUCUCUCAAGCUAGUGAUAAAAUUGUCGAAAAGUUUGAUAAAAUCUUAAUGUUGACUGAUUCAUAUCAAGUCUUUUACGGUACUGUUGAUGAAUGUUUAACUUUUUUCCAUGAUACUUUGGGUAUUAAGAAAAAUCCAAAUGAUUGUAUCAUUGAAUAUCUGACUUCUAUCUUAAAUCUUCAAUUCGAAACUGAAGCUGGUAAACCUCCAGUCGCCAGUUCUGAAAUUGAUUUACAUAAUCUAUGGAUCAAAUCACCAUAUUAUCAAAAUUGGAAACAAAUUACCUCAACAGCUAUCCAAAACAUGUCGAGAGAUGGUUCCACCGUCAAUCCAGAUGAUAUCACCCCUAUUUUUAGUGUCCCAUUAAAAGUUCAAAUCAAGAGUUGUACUAUUAGAGCCUUUGAAAGAAUCAUUGGUGAUCAAAGUUACAUCAUUUCUCAAUUCAUUUCUGUCGUUAUUCAAUCCUUAGUUAUCGGUUCGCUUUUCUACGAAGUUCCAAAAACAACAAUUGGUUCCUUCUCUAGAGGUUCAUUAACUUUCUUCGCUAUUUUAUUCUUCACUUUCCUUGCCUUAGCUGAUAUGCCAUCAACUUUCCAAAGAAACAGUGUCAUUGUCAAACAUACUCAAUUACAUUUCUAUUACGGUUGGGUCGAAACAUUGGCCUCCACGAUUUAUGACUACAUGUUUAAGUUCCUUUUAGUCGUUAUCUUUUCUAUUAUUCUGUAUUUCUUAGCUCAUCUUCAAUACGAUGCAGCAAGAUUUUUCAUUUUCUUACUAUUCUUAUCGUUCUACAAUUUCUGUAUGGUGUCUCUGUUCAAUUUAACUGCUUUAUUAAGUCCAACUUUAGCGUUUGCUAAUUUAUUAGCUGGUAUCCUACUGUUAGCUAUUGCCAUGUAUGCCUCUUAUGUUAUUCAUUUAGAAGAUAUGCAUCCAUGGUUCGUCUGGAUCGCUUACUUAAAUCCUGCUAUGUUUGCCAUGGAAGCUAUCUUAAGUAAUGAAUUAUUUGAUAUGAAAUUGGAUUGUACAGAAAGUAUUAUUCCAAGAGGUCCAACUUAUAAUAAUAUAACUUUCGCUCAUAAAGCUUGUGCUUGGCAAGGUGCUACAUUAGGUAACAACUAUGUUAGAGGCCAAGAUUAUUUAAGGAGUGGGUUGAAAUAUACCUAUCAUCAUGUUUGGAGAAAUUUCGGUAUCAUUAUUGGGUUCUUAUGUUUCAACUUAUUCAGUUCCUUGUUCGUUUCAGAAUAUAUUACCCCGCUAUAUACAAGAAGGAACCUACAAAUUUGGUCUGCCUAUUUACAAAGAUUUAAUCCAUUCAGAGGUAAGGAUACAGUUGAAGAAUACGAAAUGGAUACUUACGAUAAUAUUACAGACAAACGUCCAAUCUCCGCAUCUUCCUCCUCAUCUUUGUCUUUAACUUCGAGCGUUCCAGAAGAUGGAUCCAUUAUUGGUAAACAACCUGUUACUUCUCAACAUGACAAAACUAAGGCCGUAGAAACUCAAAAACAUGUCAUUUCGUGGAGAAACAUUAACUAUACUGUCGAAGGUGAUAAGAGAUUGAUCAACGAUGUUUCUGGUUUCAUUAGUUCCGGUUUAACCGCUCUUAUGGGUGAAUCUGGUGCCGGUAAGACCACUUUAUUGAAUGUUUUAUCUCAAAGAGUAACCACUGGUGUUGUUACAGGUGAAUUGUUGAUCGAUGGUAAUCCAUUGACUAAUAUUGAUGCUUUCAGAAGAAGUAUUGGUUUCGUUCAACAACAAGAUGUUCAUUUAGAAUUAUUAACUGUGAAAGAAUCCUUGGAAAUUUCAUGUAAUUUGAGAGGUGACGGUGAUAAAGCAUAUUUAAGUACAGUUGCUAAUUUAUUAAAGUUACCUGCUAACAAGCUAGUUGCUGAUUUAUCCCCAACUGAAAGAAAGUUAUUGUCUAUUGGUGUCGAGUUAGUUACUAAGCCGUCCUUAUUAUUAUUUUUGGAUGAACCUACUUCUGGUUUAGAUGCUGAAGCUGCUCUAACCAUUGUUCAAUUUUUGAAGAAAUUAUCUCAACAAGGUCAAGCUAUUUUGUGUACAAUCCAUCAACCUAGUAAGAGUGUUAUCAGCUACUUUGAUAAUAUCUACCUAUUAAAAAGAGGUGGUGAAUGUGUUUUCUUUGGUCCAAUUAAUGAUGCUUGUGAUUAUUUUGUUACCCGUGAUGAAACAUUAUCUUUUGAUAAAGAAGCUGAAAAUCCCGCCGACUUUGUCAUUGACGUCGUUGGUGGUAUUCAAAAGAAUGAAGAUGGUACUGUACAACCUAGAUCGUCAUUACCUUGGAAUAGACUAUGGGCAGAAUCUCGCGAAAGAAUCGAAGUCGAUAAGAAUGUUUUAACUUUAGAAGAACAAGCUCGUAAAGAAGGUAUCGAUUUUGCUCAGUUUGCUUGGAGUCAACCAUCUUAUAUGAACCAGUUAAGGGUUAUUAUGCACAGACAAUAUUUGUGUACAAAGAGAGAUGUCGGAUACGUUUCAUCCAAAUUCAUCUUAAACGCUGGUGCCGGUCUUUUCAUUGGGUUCUCUUUCUGGAGAACUAAACGUAAUAUCUCUGGUCUUCAAAACGCUAUUUUCUUAUCUUUCAUGAAUUUAUGUCUUUCUUCUCCUUUGAUUAAUCAAGUUCAAGAUAAAGCUUUGCAAUCUAAAGACGUCUACCUUGCUAGAGAAGCAAGUUCCAACACAUACCAUUGGUCCAUUUUACUUCUAUCUCAAACGUUAAUUGAGUUGCCAUUGGCUGUUGGUAGUUCUACUUUGUUCUUCCUAUGUUGUUACUUCUGUUGUGGGUUCGAUAAUUCUCCUCAUAUUGCUGGUGUCUUCUAUUUCAACUAUAUUUUAUUUAGUGCUUACUACUUAACAUUCGGUUUAUGGUUAUUAUACAGUUCUCCAGAUUUGCAAACUGCUGCUGUUUUCGUCGCAUUCUUCUAUAGUUUCACUGCUUCUUUCUGUGGUGUUAUGCAGCCUUAUAGUUUAUUUGUUGGUUUCUGGAAAUUUAUGUACAGAGUUUCACCUUACACCUACUUUAUUGACACUUUUACCAGUUUAUUGCUUCAUGAUAGACCAGUUAAUUGUGGUGUCAGUGAAAUGGUUCCAGGGCAACCUUUAAUGGGUCAAAACUGUGGUGAGUUUAUGAAAGAUUACAUUGAUGAAUAUGGUGGAUAUUUACAUAAUCCAGCUACGUUUACUGUUUGUGGUUAUUGUACUUAUACUGUUGGUGAUGAUUUCUUAGCCGUUGAAAAUAUGAGUUACCAUAACAGAUGGAGAAAUUUCGGUAUUGAAUGUGCAUUUGUUGUUUUCAAUUUUGUUUGUAUGUUCAUUGGUUUCUAUUUAACUUAUGUUAAGAAGAUCUGGCCAAUAGUCUUUGCUUAUUGUAUGAAAUGUAUUCCAGGCAGAUCUUUAUUCAGAUCUAAUCCAAAGAGCGAAGAAUCAUCAACUACCGUUAUCUUAGAAAAAGAAGAUGAUAAGAAAUGA